AUGGUGGUGGGCGAAACCAAGCGUACCGCCAACAUUAUGGACGGAAUCGAGAACACCGGCGACGUGCGGCUACACGAUCAUCGACUACGUCUCAAACAGAGAUUUGACAUAGUUAGAAAAUUAGGACAAGGCACAUACGGCAAGGUGCAGCUGGGUAUAAACAAGAAGACUGGACAAGAGGUCGCGAUCAAGACCAUCAAAAAAUGCAAAAUCGAAUCGGAAGCCGAUCUCAUUCGCAUCCGCCGCGAGGUACAGAUUAUGUCCUCUGUGAGGCAUCCCAACAUCGUCCAUAUUUACGAAGUAUUUGAAAAUAGCGAGAAGAUGAUACUUGUAAUGGAGUACUGUUCUGGAGGAGAAUUGUACGACUACCUCAGUCAAAAGAAAGUAUUAGAAGAAGAAGAGGCCAGAAGGUUAUUCCGACAGAUCGCGACAGCUGUUUACUACUGUCACAUACACAAGAUCUGCCAUAGAGAUUUAAAAUUAGAAAAUGUCUUACUGGACGACACUGGCAGUGCUAAGAUUGCAGAUUUCGGCCUGUCAAACGUUUUUAAAGAGACUUCAUUACUCUCUACGUUUUGUGGCUCGCCGCUCUACGCAUCACCUGAAAUUGUUAAAGGGACGCCAUAUAUCGGGCCUGAGGUGGACUGUUGGUCGCUGGGCGUGCUGCUGUACACUCUAGUCUACGGAGCUAUGCCGUUCGACGGCUCUAACUUCAAGCGUCUAGUCCGACAGAUCAGCAACGGCGAUUACUACGAACCUAAGAAUCCAUCUACCGCGUCGCCAUUGAUUAGAGACAUGCUCACAGUAGACCCGUUAAAACGCGCGGACAUCGCCUACAUUUGUGAUCAUACUUGGGUGAACGCGGGAUGCUCGACAUCGUGCCUGGAGGUGGCGGAGGCGCUGGCUGCGGAGACGCCGGUGCGGCUCGACCUGCUGCUGUCGCUGGCGCCCGCCGCGCCCGCUCACGGCAACUCCGUCGUGGUGCCGGCUGAGAAUGAACUGGGGCCAGAAGAAAGUUGCACAGACCUAACAACCUCAACGUCUGUGCCUGUCGAGCCAAGCAACUCUGCAGAGAAGAGAAUUCUUGAGCUUGUCGCUGAGGGCGGAGAAGACGCAAUAAAGCCAUCGCCAACACGCACAAUAGUGUCUGCGGGCGAAAAUAAGCGCAAACUAGAGCUCGCGAUGUCUGCCAGCGGGUUGCAGAGGAAGAAGGAGAAAGUAGCGAGCUGCGCAAGCGUCGCUCAGUUGCCGUCCGCGCUGCCCGAAGAACCUUCCCCGGACUCGCCGCCUGCUGAAGAACCGCUGCCCGCUGAACCGCUUCAACCUUCUUUGAAAUCGUCAGCAACAAUCACCAUAGCACCUGCACCAGUCGAACUAGCCAAAGAUGCUACUGUUGAUAUCUCUAAGCAAAUACCCAAUGAAGAAGAAGCUGAGGACAUCACCAAGUCCCGUGUUACAGUCAAAAAAAAGAUCACUUCACCUAAAGGAGAAGAGAAGGAAUCACCAGAGAAGCAGGAUGAUGUGAAGAUAGACGAACCAAAAUCAGCUUCAGUGGCCACCGCUACAGAUAAAUUGACUUCGCUGUCUUUGACGCAACAAGUGCCCGCCGCCACGACGCCUGCCCCGGCAAAACCGAAAAAACUAUCAAUCGGUGGUCAUGUGGGUAGCUUCAAAGAACAGUUCGAGAGACGAGCAUCGUUGACUGCAGCACCGGAAAUCAAACGAAAUGUCUCCAAACCGGUUGUAUCAAAGAUUGCGAAGCCAAAGGCUCAAAGUGAAGACAGAGAGUUAUCAGGAAAAUCUUCGGACAACGGCACCGUUAGACUGCAACAGAUAGGAAUUGAACCUUCACAGACUCCAAUUGAAGAAGUAAGAGAAAUAAAUCGCAGCGGCGUAAAGAAAACCGAGAGCGAGCCGAUGCAUAACACGACCCAGGUUGAUCCAUCUGUCCUUCUACAGGAUGCUAGAAGAAGUCUCCAGAACUCAAUGGCGAAGCUAGUAGAGGAGAAAGCGGGUGAGGAAAGUCGCAGGCGUGCAGCACGCGAUAUUAUUUCAUCUGCCAUUCGCACUGGUAAGCCGCCGAUGCCUUACGGGCGGUCUUCGUCGGCGGGCGUGACGUCGCUGUCGUCCCCGCCGGGCACACCGCCCGCCGCGCCGCCUGCGCCGCGCCUUUACCGCACCGAGGCACAGCACCGCGUCGACGACCACCGCCACAGGGGCGUGUCGGUGGAGCGCAUCAUCCCCAUCCACAUGGCGGCGGAGGACGCGGCCGCGUCGCCGCCGCCCCGGCCCGGCCCCGCACCCGCACCCGCCUCCGCCCCCGCAGCACCAACACCGCCGCGCACCCACACGCCGCUAAGACGACUGGCGUCUACGGAAUCUCCAACGAGCGAAACAUGCAGCAGCCCAGGCGAGCCGAUCAAGAAGUCCGCGCGCGAGUUCAUCAUCCCCAUCGCCGUGGAGGGCAAGGGCUACGUGACGCCGCGCCAGCGCAGCCUCGAGCCCGAACGUCGAACGCGCGUGCACCACGCGCACAAGCCGCGCCGCAUCAGUAGUCUUGUCAGUGGAGGUGAAUCUGAAGAAGAAGACGACACUCAUAUGCAUAGGCUAAGGUCGAGCCGAGCAGCCCGCGCUGAAUCUGUAAGCUCAGGUGAAGAAGACGAAGAAGACGAAGGCUUCCACCUUCUCACCGCAGAGAAUUUGUUUUCCACGCUCUUGCAUAGGGUGCGUGCGUUAACUCAGCGUUUGAACGGCGAGGAUGGUCCCGGCUUUUCGCAACACCCGCACUCACUUUUUAACAACCUACAGUCUCCGUUCUUCAACAGCCCUCACUUACCAAGGAGACAUCUGAUCAUUUGCUACAGUAAAUUAUACUUUAUUGCGCAGGCGAGAAGGUUGGGGUUCGCGCGACUUGCACUCGGACUGGGAAUCGAUGUUCAACAAGAGCCGGCAGCCGAUGCCGCGAGUUGGGUUGCGCGUUACACUGCAUGCUCCGACCAAAUCUUCACAUCACAGCGGCAACAGCGCCAACCACAAACCCGCCACAAACGCCACACAAGAAUAGGUAGUUGUAAGAAAACCGGCAAGAAGCACCAAUCGUCAAAGGCAAAACAAACUGAUACCGAGCGCGGUUUGGAUCUGUCGGAUUUGGAUUUGAGUUCGAUCGAGUUCUCGGAGAGGGAGAUGCGGGCGCUGUCGGGACUGACGCCGGCGCUGUCGCGGCGCCUGCAGCAGCAGCUGCUGGCGCACCUGCCGCCCGCCGCCGCGCGCACGCUGCGCCGCACGCUGUCGCUGAACGCCGCGCCGCCCACCCGCACCCCCCGCGCCCCCCGCGCCGCUUCCUCCGAGCACGACCAACUCGCGCCCGACACCGACGACAAACUUCACCCGCGCGAUCUCACUCCGAAACCCGAUGACAUAAUAAACGUCCAGAAGAACGACAUAGCCGCCGUUACUAAAAAUGCUAACAUUCAAAUCCAGGAAAAUAUAACUGUCGCCAAAGAUGUUAAACAAGAUCGCUAUUCACGUAGUUGCUCUGUAAAAUCCAUCGACGAUGACGCUUCUAUAGAAAAUCCUCAAGAAAAAAUACAUACCGACAAAACUAGUACACCUGUGGAUAUUUACAAAAAAGAAAUCGACAAGCCCUCAAGUACAAAAGAGACCGAAGAAAAGAGAAUUGUUGAUAUGGACGAAUUUAUUGAAUUACCUUCGACGCACGUCUCACAAUUUUGUACACUACCCCGGCCUAAACGAAAUUCAGCAACGUCUAAUGAUUCUGUAUCUCCGUCAUCUAUUGUCGAUACUGUAGACUACGAUUAUUCAACUAAAUGCCUCGGAAAGGAAUCAAAUCAAUCACGAGGCAGUAAUAUGCGUUACACUCCGGACCGUCCACUACUUAGUAAAUAUUUAAUUCCCGAACGACAUUUAUCUUUAGACGAAUCGUAUUCUUCUGACUGUAGCAGUAUAUUAUCAGAACCGAGCUAUAUUGCGGCAUAUGGAUCAUCAUCACUAGGUAAUACAUCCGGUAUGGGUUUUAGACGCCAUUCAAUGAGAUUGGCAGGUGAUCAACCCAAAAAACGCAUAUCAAGAUUCCUUAGAUCGGACUUUUUUGAUACUCCUCCGGAUGAAAAUAUUUAUGCUAAACACAAAAAAGAAAAAGAAUUGGAAACUCAAAAAAUCCUCAAAGAAAUUAGAGAAAAGAAAAAUAAGUCACUGGAUUCGCCUAAAAGCCCUGUAGAUGUAAAUGACCCGACUUCAUUACACAACGAUGAAUCCACUUAUCUUCGUAAAUGUCUUUCACCAGUAAGUAACAUACUAAGCAAGGAACGAAGUAGAUCUACAACGCCUUUCUUUCCAAUUCUAGACAAUAUUAAGGAAACUAAUUUAGACACUUCAUUGACUGUGGCAGAUUUAAAUAAAACAUCAAACGUAAAUGAUACCGAACUCAAAAAUCAUAAACAAUGUCUUAAUAAUAACACAUUGAAAGAUAAAGAAACUAAAAUGUUAAGACCAAAAAGCUAUCCAUUAAAAAACUUAAACACGUUGGAAGAAUCAAAUAAAGUUAUGUUAGAAGAAAGUUGUGCAGUAAAAAAUCGAGAAGAUGACGAAAGAAAAUUACCACGAGAGACGAAAUUAAUACGACCAAAGAGUUAUCCUACAAGUAGCCCGUCACCUGAAAAAAAUUACUUAAAUCGAAACGGAAAAAAGGAUGAAUUAAAAAAUUCGUCAAUUCUGAAAGAAGAUAAUAUAAAUCAAGAUAGUAAAAGUGACGUGGAAGUAAGUUUUAGCGUUACACUGCCGAAGAAAAAAUUAAUUUCAAUAUCAAAACCAGAUCCAAAUAAAAAACAACAACUACCCGAACAAGAAACUGAACUUAGAACAGACGUUACACCAACUCUUGUAUUAAAAAAAUAUAAAAUCAUAAAAGAGGAUAAAGAGCCUCAAAAUAAAGUAGACAAUACUGUUCAUAUUGGAAAUGGCACGGUAGUAGAAAAUGCUGAGACAAAUGAAUCUUCCGUAGGAAACAGUGCUAUUAAAAUGACAGAAACUAAAAAAAUUGAUAGCGAGACGAGUAAUAAAAAAACAGUUAGAAAGAAAAUAGUCAAAAAAGUUUCUUCAAAAUCAAAGUCUGAUUUAGUUGAUAACCAAGAAUCAACUGAUGUUAAUAAUUCAUCGGAGAAAAAGAAAAUUGUUAAAAAAGUAAAAGAGAAAAGUAUGGAUGAUAGUCCUAAAGAAGUGACUAUAGUAAAAAAGAAGUCUGUUUUACAAUCCAUAGGUCAUAAAUUGGAGAAACUAGCGUCAUCAAAGUCUAACUCUCCUGAAAAAGCAUCUCAAGGCAGUAUUGGUUCAAAUGAUUCCAAAAAGGAAUCCUUAAAGUUAAGUAGAAUGCAGCGAGAACAAUCCGUUCCUGUAACAACAGAUCCUCCCACCGAGUCGAAUCUUAUUAAAAGAGCGGUUACUUUAACAAAUGUUGCUGCCUUAGAAAAUCAAAACGUUACUAACCAAAAUAAGACAACUGUUUCCAAGGUUUUAGGUUUGUUCAAGAAAUUUGAACCGAAAGAAAAGAGUUUGAAAUCCGGUGUUGAAAAAUCUGUUAACGAAAAUAUAAUAAAUUUUAGUAAAAUUAAUAAACAUGAUUCACAGACCGAAACAAAUUUAGAUAGUGAUAAAGAAAAACCUAAAAGACCGACUUCAUUACUUCUAAAUGGUUUAGGGCGUAAGAGUAAGAAUAAUAAAGCAACAAGUGACAGCAUUUCCGUUAAUUCGUUAGAAAAUGAUGAGCAGUUGGUACUUAAAAAAGAAAAUGAACCUAAAAAUAUAAGAAAUACGUUGAAAUUAGACUUCUCCAGGUUGCCAAGAGUUAAAAAAAUAGUUCCUACAAAUCCUGUGAUAGAACCGCAAGUUAUGAAUAUCUCUUCAGGUGACAAAGAUAUUUUCGAGAAAAAUGGACAUAUACCCGAUAGUAGUAAUACUAAAGCUGAAACAAACGAGGUACAUUGUCGUAGUCGCUCAAGAAGUCGAUCGAUUUAUUCUAAUUCUGAUAUUAGAUCCGAGCACAGCGCAGAUAUUAAGGUGCUGGAUAAGAUAUCUGAUAGUACACUGCCAAAGACCUCUGUACUUAAUACUACGCGGAAUAGAGACUCCAUUAGUCCUGAAAAAGAAGAUAUAGUUGAUAGAAUACGAAGAAAAAGCUUUUAUUCGAGGUUUAAUGAAAAGAAGCAACGACGAAAAAGUAGUCUAGUGGGUCCAGGGGCUACAGAGUACGACCCCAUCGCUAAACUUCAUUCACCACCGACAGAGCCCAAAUUUGACGUUUCUCCUAAUUCUCCUAUUAAGUACGACUUAUCGCCUGGAUUUUCUGUUGCAUCAGACUUGUCACCAUCUACGGACCGCUACAGAUCCUUAUUAACUGAUCAUCCAAGCACAAAAAAUAGAUACGACGGACUUAACGACAAAAUUGAUACAUAUCGAUCCCUGGAUCGAAAUGAUUUCAGAAAGUUUUCAAGCGGUCGAAGUUACUUAGAUUAUGAUCAGCCUGCUACGUUUGGAACUCACAGGUACUCGAGAACAAAGUCUCUAUUAGACAGUUCGGAUAGUAACGAAGACCACAGUCUAAGUCACUUGAGAGAACCCCAAAGAUACAGUAGAACUAAUUCUUUGUAUACUCCCGGUAAUUACGCCACAUAUAGGCCGAAAAGAACUCGAAAUUCUGCCAUUAUAUUAAAAGAGAGCGAAAAGGAACCGAGCCCUGAAAAUAUUCUAGACAAAAUAAGGAACAGAAAGAUCUCAAUCAGUGUGACAAGGAAACCAGAUGCUGCGGACUUACUGGCAAGAUCCAAUGUCCCAUCUAAAGGCGAAAGCGACAGUCCAGAAUGCCCUGAGAAAAUUGACUGA